ACCCUUCUCCCAAAACCCUCCCUCUCUCUCAGGUCCUCUCACUACUCUAAUGGCUACUUCGACUGAACCCUAAACCCACCACUCCACCUUCACACUCGCCAAUUCGUCAUCGCCGGAAUCAUCUCUCGCCGUCUCGGAGAAAUGGAUAGGAGAUUCAACGGCCCAACUGGACCUUCCAGCUCCGUCAACGGCGGCACAGCCACAAGAUCUGUUUCCCAGACUCCGCAACCUAACUACAGUAGUCUAGCCGUUCAGGAAGCAUUGGAACAUUUGGCGUCAAUUGAUCUGAGUGAGCUGUGUAAUGAGGCUAAAGUUGAGCACUGUCGGGCAACAAGAGACUUGAGAAGCUGCGGACGUUAUGUAAUGGAUGUGUUGUACUCGUGUGGACAUGCUUCGUUAUGUGCAGAGUGUAGCCAGCGGUGUGAUGUUUGCCCAAUUUGUAGAAUUCCUAUUCUAAAUAAUGGCCCAAGGCUACGUCGCCGCCUUUACGAUCAAUGUUUAGAAGCCCGCCUUAUAUCUAAAAGAAGUGAUAAGAGAUUUCAAGAGAAAGAGGAUGGGGAGGAGCCUAUAACUAAUGACGUUCUGCGCCUUUAUUCUUUGUUUGAUGUUGCCCUGGAGAAUAACUUAGCGUCAUUGAUAUGCCACUAUGUUACAGAUGUUUGUUUGGAUGAAAGUGCUGUGUCCAGUGAUCCUGUUAUUGCCUUUUUGUUGGAUGAGGUGGUUGUUAAGGAUUGGUGUAAGCGAGCAUUCCAGAACAUCAUCACAGAACUUCAAGUGAUUUAUAAUCUUGAAGCAGAACAAAUGAAAACUAUGUUGGGCCUACUUCUUAAGUUCUCAGCACAGUUGGCCGGCAUAUCUAAUGUUCUCGAAGUUUUGGAUUCAUCUUUUAAGGGGUCUCUUUCAUCGCAGCUUCACGACUUGCACCAACUUCUAGAAACCAUAUUAAAGACAAAGCAGCAUAUGGAGAUUAUGAUGUGGUGCAUACGGCAUGAGUUCCUUGAGAAUGUGAAGCCUUGUCAUACUGAAAUCAUGACAUGGCGUACUCUUGUUCGUGAAAGGAGAUCAGCUGCAGUAAUGCGUUCAUGGCCUGAUGCAUUAAACAACUCUGAAGAGUCCACUGGACAGGAAGGUUCCCUUUUCAUUGAAGAUGCUUUAACAAAUCUUGAGACAGAGCAAGGAAAUACAAUGGUAGAGGAAUUGAAACUUGCAUUUGCACAGAAGGAUGGUCGUUCAUCUGUUUACAGGUCUAAGAUCGAAGGCAUUAGAGGUUGUUAUCCGUUUGAAAAUGUUCGAGCUGCUGUUGAUAUACUUUUUCUACGUGGUAAUUCAGAUUUGGUUGUUGCAAAGCAAGCAACUUUUCUAUAUUAUCUAUAUGAUCGGCAUUGGACGCUGCCUGAUGAUGACUGGAGACACAUUCUAGAGGAUUUCGGAGCCACCUUUGGUAUCUCGAGGCAUUUAUUACUUGAAUCCUUAAUAUUUUAUCUCUUGGAUGAUCACACAAAUGAGGCUCUGCAGGAAGCUUGUCACCUACUUCCAGAGAUCUCAGGCCCAGCAACUCAUCCUAAGAUUGCACAAGUACUAUUAGAAAGGGGAAAUCCUGAUACUGCUCUUUCGGUGUUACGGUGGUCAGGGCGUGAUGGUACUUCAAAGUCCGUUUCACUUAGUGAGGCUGUAACUGCAGUUCGGGUGAGGGUAGAGUGUGGACUCUUUACUGAAGCAUUUAUACAUCAAAGAAUGCUGUGCACCAAAGUCAAGGAGAAGAAGUUGAAGAUUGGUCAAUUAGGGGGUGUCACUGAUGAUUCAAACGACAGAUAUAAGUGGGAGGACUGGGUGGAGAUAUUGGUUUCUGAAAUUUGUUUCCUUUGUAUUCGACGGAACAUGGUGGAUAGAAUGAUAGAGUUACCUUGGAACUCCAAUGAAGAGAAACAUCUUCACAAGUGUCUGUUAGAUUAUGCUAUUGGUGAUUCUUCCUCAACUAUUGGAAGCCUUCUUGUGGUAUUUUAUAUCCAGCGCUACCGGUAUUCUGAAGCUUACCAAGUUGAUCAAAUACUUCAAAACUUGGAGCAGGAGUUCAUCUCAAAGAAUUCUGUCAGUGAAGAUGAUUUAUCUAGAAUGAAAUCAGUGAGUCGCUGGAGAGCAGGGUUAAUUGAUAAAUGCAUGGACUUGCUGCCAGAAGUUCAACGCCAACAAGUGAAGGAUGGAAAAGUGCCUGAGAUAGCGGUCACCACCUCUAGUGGUGUUGAAAUGUUAGAAACAUCUUCUAUUCCCGAGGUUCAAGAAUCAAAGUCGACUAGUUUACUGAUUCCUUCGUCCAUUGAUUCUUCUGUUCCACUGUGGACGGAUCAUAAGUAUCCUUCCUGGAAACCAGCAAUAUCUGAAACCCCCCAAAAAAGAGGAGGAUUGGUUGGCAGUUAUCGGUCUGAACUUGGAAACUUUAGUUCUUCAGUUUUGCACCAAGGGUUAUCUACCAAUUCUGAAACAAGAUUGAAGGCUGACAUUAGUCUAAACAAGACUUUCAAUUUUGAUGACGCAUCAACUCCCCUUGGUCAUCGAGUUAGUUCCCCCUCAGCAGCUAGGGACAUGAACAGAAGUUCAUCAAAGUUAUUUUCAAACAACCGUCCCCGCAACAAUCAAUACGGUACAUUGUCACCAGAAAUGGAACAGGAUGUGUUUCUUACUCCAUUCCAAACAUUCCAAAAUACAAGUCCUUCACACUACCAAAGGGUUACUACAAAUCCAGUAACUACAAGCAGCUGCAACAAUUGCUUAUUUGAAGAUUCCUCAAAGAACCUAUAUCCAAAUUUGUCUAGUAAGGGUUUCCUAUCAGAUAGGGAUGUUAGACCUUGGCAUACAGCUUCCAAGGAGGAUCCAAUGGACACAUCCAUGAGCUAUGGAGGUGAGGACAAAAUUCUGAACAAUGGAGUAAGAUGGAGGUCCGAUGAAACUAGUGACGAGGAAGAGGAGCAGAGUCAAGAGGAUACCUUUGGGAUUAUUAUUCAUACUCCUACCAAAAGAGGACGUAGAAGCAGGUUUUCGAGGAGAUGAAGAUUUCUUGACAUAAAAUGGAACAAUUCUUAAUAAAUUUUCCUUCUGUUGUCAUCCCUCAGUUAAGGAAACCUUCAAGGGCGAGUAGGAACACAGCUGCUAUAUUGUACAUCAGGUUGGUGCUGAUUGAGUCAUAAAGGUUCCCAUUGGAGGGGCAAAUGAUCAUACUAUACAUGAUACUGUCAUAGUUUUGUUCAGUACAGCUAAGAUGGAGCGGUUAGUGAGAUGCCUAAUUUGACGGGCCAGUUUUUCUUCUUCAUGCAAUUGCAUUCGUCGAGUUAAUGAGAACUGUAGGGAUUUGUGUUUCUGGAAGUAAUCUAAUCAAGCAAAAUCCUUUCUGUAGUUUC